AUGGAAGAAGAAGGAACGCCGACCGUUAGUUUAGUAUCAUGUAUGCAUUUCGUACGUCGUGGUGUAGCGAAAGCAGUUCCAGAAAAGAUUGAGUUAACCGAAAAAGAAUUAGAGAAAAUAAUAAAACAGACAGCUGAUGAAUUACGAAUAACAGAAGCUGGAGAUGAUCAAAGUGAUGAAGAUCAUGAAAACGCAGAAGCACCUAGCGACCCACCAGCAGAUCCAAAUGAUGAAUUUAAUUUUGAAAAUUAUGACCAGGAAGACUCGACAAAUCCUGUGGGUAUUGGCACAAUAGCAACACUUCCAAACUUAGGAGACUUGGGUGAUAAUAUUCAAAUACGAACAGAAGGACCCGAUAGUGAUGAAGAGGAUGACAUAAUUAAACCCGAUGACAAUCUGCUAUUAGUGGGACAUGUUGAAACAGAUGCCAGUGUAUUGGAAGUUUAUAUUUACAACAAAGAAGAAGGAUCAUUCUAUGUACAUCAUGAUAUUAUAUUGCCAUGGUUUCCCCUUUGUAUUGAGUGGCUGAGCCAUGACCCCACGGACCCACAACCUGGUAACCUCUGUGCUCUAGGUGGUAUGGAUCCAGUUAUACAAGUUUGGGACUUGGAUAUUGAAAAUUGCCUCGAGCCAGCUUUCAAACUCGGUAAGAAGCCGAAUAAAAAGAAGAAAACAAAAAGAGUUGGGCAUAAGGAUGCUGUGCUAGAUCUUUCAUGGAACAGAAAUUUCAGCCAUGUCCUUGCGAGUGGGUCUGCAGAUAACACGGUGCUCUUGUGGGACCUAGACCAGGGCACGCCGCACACUAAAUUGGAUUAUUUUGAAGAUAAAGUCCAAUCGCUGGCCUUCCACCCGCUAGAAGCCCAAACCCUGGUGUCGGGCGCGUGCGACGGGCGCGCGCGCGUUACGGACUGCCGCACCCCGCGCGCGCACCGCGCCUGGGCGCUGCCCCCCGAGAUAGAAAGGGUUGUGUGGGACACUAACAACCCUUUCUGUUUUGCUAUGAGUAACAACGAAGGCAAGGUAGCGUAUGUGGACUGCAGGCAGGACGAGCCAAUGUGGACGGUCAGCGCGCAUGAGAAAGAAGUUACAGGUCUUAUUUUAAGUGAAAACAUGCCUGGACUAAUGAUAACCGUCAGCUCCGAUGAAAAACUUAAAACUUGGGAUAUAUCUGGGUCGGCCCCGCUGCAGAUUAGCGAGCGCACGUGCAAGGUGGGGCGGGCGCUGUGCGCGGCCGCCUGCCCCGACGCGCCGCUCGCGCUCGCGCUGGGCGGCGACAACAAGCAGUGCUACAUCGAGAUGCUCGACCUUACUACCAAUGAACAAGUGAUGAAUCGUUUCGGUGCGCGGGCGCAGGCGUCGGGCGCGGCACAGAGUAAUGAAGCUAUGGAAACA